AUGGCCCGGCAUGUGGCUGGGCACUGGAUGAAGGCAGAUGCUGGUGUGCUGGAUUUGGUAGGGAUGCUUUGGGCUGACUUUGCCAACGAGCCUGUCGGAAAGGACUUCAGUCCUGUGGGUGAUGAAGAGAAGGCACAGGCGAGUCGGCCACGGCGCAGGCGCAUGGAGCCUUCCGCGCUUUGCUAUGUGGCAUCCGCCGGGGAGGUUGUGGGACACCUGACAAUGAUUCUCGCAAUCACUUGGAUGAGCUGCAAGUUUCGUGAGCCCCAUGCCAAGAUCGAGGAUCCCCUUCGGCAGUUGCGAUACAUCAUGACUAUGCUGCUGAUCCCAGUGGUCCUCUACACCACGGCAAAAAAUUGGUACCGUGGUUUGCACUUCCCACUCACCGCCUCUGCCAGCUUCCAGGUGCUCCGGAAUCGCCGUGUGGAGUCCUUCAUCCCUGUGGAUCUUACUGGCGCAGACCUGUACUGCAUGUUGGCCAACGGAUUCUUCUUCUGCGGCCUGUUCCUCUGGAAUUACGUUCUGCUGCUCCAGCGCCGCCGGGACCGGGAUGUAUUCGAUCCUUCGGCCCACAUGCUGGUAGCACUUUGCCUCUUCGGUUCGGUGCUCCGGGCAAAGUCUCUGUUGCUGUGCUUCCUCUUCUUUGGGCUCCUCUGCUUGCUCUUGGGCGGCUUGCUUUGCUCCGGCCCCCUGGCAUGUAUCGCGCUGCUAAUCUGGAUUGGAGUUGGCUUCCGGGGCCCUAGCAGCAAGAUUGACUUCUCGCUGGACAUGGGUCGGUUCCUGUGGGGCGCCACAGAUGUGAACACCGGGCCUACCUCCGUCACAAAGGCACGGCACUGCCGCAUUGACGUGGUGCAGUACCUCAGUAGCCACAUGGAGGUGCUGGAUGUCAUGCCCGUUCCAAAGCUGGAUCCCGGAGAGGCCAUCCCU